CAGCAGGGUCCCUUGCCCAAAAACUGCUCUCCACGGUCAGGCUCACACCUCACCCCCUAUCUGACUGAAUCCGAGGAGCGGCGGCGGCGGCGACGACGAUGGGCGGCGACCAUGGCGGCGGGCACGGGGGCGGCGACUUCCGCCACAAGGUGUGGAGCAUGACGGGUGGACCCUACUGCCGCCCCGUCCACUGGCGCCGCAACACCGCCAUCGCCAUGUUCGGCAUCUUCCUCAUCUGCAUCCCCAUCGCCAUGAAGUCCGCCGAGCUCGAGCAACGCCCGCAUCACCCAGUCCGGCCGAUCCCAUCCCAACUGUGGUGCAAAAACUUUGGCAAGAAAGAGUACUGAAGGGAUGUGUUCCAACUUGCAUGGAAGGCACCUGCUCCUUCUACAUUUUUUUUUGUGUGUGUGUGGUCAGCGAUCAAUGCUGGAAGAAGUGUAAUGAACAAAUGCUGGAAUGCUACGUGUAAUGGCUUUUGGCUUUUCAUCAUGUCAUAUAAGGAGUGCCUGUCGAACUAAAAUAAAGUGGUAAUUUCAUAAGCCUCUGAUGAAUUUACUUGAGGGGUUUGAUGCUGUGAAUGUAGACACGGCAAGUUGACCUUUGCGUACUUCACCAGUGAAGAUUCUUAGUUAUCGCAUGUUUGUGAUGGCAUGCUAUCAGUUUGUCA